AUCUACACAUAUGCAACCGUAUCAGAUUGUUAAGCGGAAACCAAAAUCGCAACUUAUCCGUGCUUAACAGUAUCAUCAUUUCUGGUUGUGCAGUGUAUACGACGAGUACGUGUCGCAGAAAAAUGGAGCUUAAGCGGGACGAAAUGCUACUGCUGUUUGACGUCGAUGGAACCCUGACGAAACCUCGGCUGGCGAUCGACGACGACUUCAAGGAUUUUUUGUACAAAGAAGUUCAACCAAAGGCCACCAUCGGACUUGUCGGGGGGUCCGAUCUGGAUAAGAUGUACGAACAGCUGAAUGGGCGGGAGAUAAUGGGAAAUUUUGACUUCGUCUAUCCGGAAAAUGGACUGGUACAGUACGCAAAAGGAGUGGAGGUCGGACGAGUUUCGAUAGCGCAACAUUUAGGGGAAGAUGUGUUGAAAAGUUUUAUAAACUUUGUUUUGAAGUAUCUGUCGGAGUUGGAGCUGCCAAUUAAGAGAGGGACUUUCAUCGAGUUCAGAAGUGGAAUGAUAAACGUUAGUCCUAUUGGAAGGAACUGUUCGACACAGGAGAGAAAGGACUUCUUCGAGUAUGACAAUAAAAAUCAAAUUAGACAGCAGAUGAUCGAUGUGCUGAAGAAAGAGUUCAGUGGAGUGGAUUUGACUUACAGCAUCGGAGGACAGAUCAGCUUCGACGUGUAUCCCAACGGGUGGGAUAAGACAUACUGCUUAAGACAUGCAACCAAGGACACCAACUUCAAGGAAAUCCACUUUUUUGGAGAUAAGACUGAUCCAGGUGGCAACGACUACGAAAUCUACAGCGACCCUAGAACGAUUGGACACAAAGUGUCCUCGCCCGAGGAUACCCAACGUCAAUUGAAAGAAUUACUUAAAAUCUAA